AUGUUUGGAUUCCUUGUGGACUUCGUCACAAAUACUAUCGUGAAGCCCAUCGUUAGACCAUUCGUCAAAUUGUUGUUUCCUCCUCCUCCACCUCCAACAACUACAGUUGCACCAUCAACAACUGCACCUCCACCUGGUACGACACUUCCUCCUGCAACAACUGGUCCACCACCAACUACAACUGAAAUUUCGCCGUCCUACGCUUACGUUGUCAUUGCUAUCAUUAUCGUGUUUCUUGUUUGCAGUUCUGCCGGAGGUGUAUUUUUCUAUUUAAGAAAUAAGAAAAAGAAAGAAGCUGCUGCUCAAAUUGGUCCCGGUGGAGCUGGUGGAGGGUUUGAUAUGGAGAGUGGAACAACUAGUGGAUCGUCUGGAACGUCUGGAACAUCUGGAACAUCUGGAACAACUGGAACUAAAGGAAAAAAGAAGAAGAAGAAGGGAAAGAAGACUUCUUCAGGUACUUCUUGA